CUCUUAUUUUUGGGAACAGGUUAAACCUACUCUCACUUUGUUUCCUCUACUCUUCAGUGAAGCACUUUAUCAUGGGAGGUUCACAGUCUGACCGAGCGCAUAAGUUCCAACAUCUCUCUGAUAAAACCGGCUUUUCCAUAGACCAGAUAAACAGCCUCCAUAAACGAUUUAUGUCCCUCACAGAAAAUGAAGGCGUUUUAAGACGAGAACAUCUUGACAAUAUUAUUAAUUUGGCUGUGAACCCAAUCCGGAGACAGAUCACCGGGGCCUUUUUUGAUAAAAGGAACUUGGGUCAGAAUGAGGACGGCUAUCUACAGGAGAUUGAAUUUGAGGAUUUUCUGACUAUUCUGGCAUUCUUCACACCACCCAAACAAGGCACCAGCGAAGAGGAGAAGCAAAAUAUCAAGAAGGAGAAACUACGCUUUCUUUUCAACAUGCAUGACACUGACAAUGACGGCUUCAUCACAUUAGACGAAUAUAAACGUCUGGUAGAAGAGCUGCUGUCUAGUAAUGAAACCAUAGAGACGGAAACAGCAAAAGCCAUUUCAGACGCUGCAAUGCUGGAAGUUGCAAGUGUCACAAUGGGUCAGAUGGGUCCAGAUGAGUAUUAUGAGGGAAUCACCUUUGCACAUUUCCAGAAGAUUUUAAAAGGGAUCCAGAUCGAGACCAAGAUGAACAUUAACUUUUGGAACUUGGACACAAUUAGAGUUCAAUGUGGGAAAUCAAAGUAGUUUCCUCUUUAGAACACUAAGUUCUAAAAUACUAUUUCAACCUUUAGUCAUAAAUGUUUAGGAUGCGGGUAUGAGUGAGUCCAGACUUCAUGAAUGUACAGAGGAGACAUAGUUCUCCCAACAAUUUUAUAACCUAGAGGACAUUUGUCAACCACAUGGGGCUAUUUUUGUGGCCUCUCAAUGCACAUGCACUCAAACAUUUUAAUUGACCCAUGCUUUCAUUUAUAUACAGUAUAAUAAUGCUUAUAUUCAACAGGAUUUAUAGCACUGUGGGCUUUUACCAAGCCAUAUUAUUUUGUGUUUGCAAAAAUUCAAUGUGUUCCUUUCUGAAUAAAAUGAACAUUUUGAUAAAUGA